UUAGCACUAGAGGCAGCUGUUUUGUUUUUAACUUAUAUGACUCGGAGAAGAAUGAUGGUCCAGCAGGUGGCAGUAGUCACCUGCUGGACCAAGAAAUGAAAAAAAAACGAAGAAGAAAACUUCAUCAUCCCGCGACAGCUCAUAGCAGCGUUUCCUCAUGUGAAGAGUUCUUUUUCUCCAUUAGGACCCAAAAUUAGGAGUUUUUCUGCCAAUCAUGGCAACAGAGGGUGUAGAAAAGACGAGUGAAGAUGCCCCGGCGUCGGGUAAGGUGUGCACCCGCUUUGACCUGGAGAAAGAGACGGAGCUGCGCUUCGAGGUGGAGGCCGGGGACGCAGCGGAGCAGGUGGAGCUGGAGCUCCUGACGGGAAUGGCUGAAGUGUUUGGCUCCGAGCUGAACCGAAACAAGAAGUACACAUUUGGACCGGGCUCCAAGAUAGCGGUUUUCACCUGGCAGGGUUGCUGUGUGAAUCUUUAUGGGAAGCCGGAGGUAGCUUAUGUGUCAAAGGACACUCCCAUGCUGCUCUAUCUGAACACACACGCUGCCCUGGAGCAGAUGAGGAAACAGGCGGAGCGGGAGAACGAGAGAGGGCCGCGGGUGAUGGUGGUGGGACCCACAGAUGUGGGGAAGUCAACAGUGUGCCGGAUGCUUCUGAACUAUGCAGUGAGGGUUGGACGGAGGCCAACGCUGGUGGAGCUGGAUGUUGGACAGAGUGGGGUUUCUGUGCCAGGCACGAUGUCGGCCCUGUGCAUUGAGCGCCCAGCAGACGUGGAGGAGGGUUUCUCGGUCCAGGCACCCUUGGUCUACCACUUUGGCUCUACUUCUCCGGGUACAAACAUCAAAUUGUACAACAAGCUGACGUCCUGCCUGGCCGAGGUGUUUUCGCAGCGCUGUGAGGUGAACAGGAAGGCCAGUGUGGGAGGCUGCAUCAUCAACACCUGUGGGUGGGUUAAGGGCUCUGGAUACCAGGCUCUCGUGCACUGUGCCUCCACCUUCCAAGUGGAUGUGGUGCUGGUGCUGGACCACGAGAGGCUCUACAAUGAGCUGAAACGAGACCUCCCUCACUUUGUGCGGGUGGUUCUCCUCCCGAAGUCUGGAGGCGUGGUGGAACGCUCCAAGGAGUGCCGGAGGGACUCCCGGGACGAGAAGAUCCGCGAGUACUUCUACGGCUUCCGCGGGGUGUCUUACUACCCUUUCUCUUUCGAAGUGCGCUUCUCGGAUGUUCGCAUCUACAAAAUCGGGGCGCCGUCCAUCCCGGACUCGUGCUUGCCUCUGGGAAUGUCUCAGGAUGAUACCCAGCUAAAAUUAGUGCCCGUGACACCAGGGAGAGACCUGACGUACCACGUGCUGAGCGUCAGCAGCAUCGAGGACGGGGACGACGGAGCCAGGAAGGGCAUCGUGGAGAGCCCUGUGUGUGGCUUCAUUGUGGUCACCUUUGUGGACACUCAGACGCAGGUGAUGAAGGUGCUCUCCCCGGCCCCCAGACCUCUGCCCAGACACACCCUGCUGAUCAUGGACAUCCGCUUCAUGGACAUGAAGUGAAGCAGCAUCCUGGGAGAAAGGAUUUUGGAAGUGGGGAGCAUUUUUGCUCAAUUUUUAUUUCCAACCUAUCUUGUUCUGUGUUUUGUAAGGACUACAAGGCAUUAAACUACACACCAUCUUGUAGAACAAAUUGUAAAUAUGUUUCUCAUUGUUCGAUAAGUCCAGGCUAAUCUGUUUAAUGAACACUGCUGUUUUUCUUUUAAAUAAUAAAAUUUUAAUGGUG